CGUAAAUAUCUCUAAACAAUUAACUUCCUGUUAUCAUUUUUUGCGGAAGCACACACCAACACAACUUAAUUUUUGUUUAUAUGUGCACACAUAACAUUACAAUGUCUUGAAGACGUUCAAUCCCUUAACAAUGUAUACAAAUACAGUCAAAUAGAACACUUUUUAUCAAUACAAAUAUGUAGAUUUAUCAAAAGUUUGAAGGUCAUGGCUGAACUUCUUACUACGAAACGUCCAUCGAUUACAAAUUCAAUCAUGGCAUUACAAUUUGUAACAUAAAACGGUUAAGGAAUUAUAGCGAUGUUUGGUACACCAUCAUUACAAGAAAAUCUAGGUUAUAAUUUUAUGUCUGAUGACAAUGCUUCAAAAUGGAAAGGACAAUUUCUGCAUGCAUUACAAGAGGUUCAGCUUCAAGUUCAUCCAUCACUUAGUGCUAAAGAUGAUGCCUUAGAGUACAUAGAAAAUUUGAUACUGAAUUUGUUGUCCAGCUUAUGUGCAUCACAGCCACACACGAAACAAGAUGUGGAGGACAGAGUACACAAAAACUUCCCUGAUCCCAUCGAUAAAUGGGCGAUAAAGGAAGCACAAAAUGCCAUAAAGAAAGGAAAUAGAAAUAGUCCAUUGGUGUUGCCUGUUGAUAAGAUUCAUCAGCUCUUAGUCAGGGAAGUUCUUGGUUAUAAGAUAGACUUCCAGGUCACAGUGUACAUUGUGGCUGUUCUUGAAUAUAUUGCUGCUGAUAUAUUAAAGUUGACAGGGAACUAUGUACGGAACAUAAAGCACAAGGAAAUUACAUCACAAGAUAUCAAAGUAGCAAUAUGUGCAGAUCAGGUAUUGAUGGAUAUGUUCUCCCAAGAGGAGGAGGUUUCAAUGCCAGAGUUAGAGGAACCAAUCAGACUGGAAUCUCUUACUUAUGAAGAAAUUGUUAAAGAUUUUAUUUUUGAAGAGACUCAGUAUAUGAGAGACUUAAAUAUGAUUAUUAAAGUGUUCAGAGCUCCGUUUGUUAAACAUUUUCCAACCAGUAAGGAUUUAGAUGUGAUCUUCAGCAAUAUCUUGGACAUAUAUGAGUUCACAGCAAAUUUACUGAGUUCUGUAGAGGAACAAGUAGAACUUGCUGCAGAAAAUGCCAAACCAGAAGUUGGAAUUUGUUUUCAAGAUAUGGCUGAGGCAGAAGAAUUCAGCGUGUAUGAGAAAUAUGUUGAUGACAUGUUAGCCCCUCAUGGGAAAGAGAGGCUAAACAUACUGUUAAAAAGAGAUGAUCUCAGUAAAACAUUAGAAGUUGAGGGGCAUGGAUUUAAAGAUGCCAUGAAAUUUGUCUUGCCAAAACUUUUACUAGGACCCAUUUAUCAUUGUUUACAUUAUUUUGAAGUCAUAAAGGCUCUGAUGACUGCCAGUUCAAGUGAAGAAGAUGAAGAUUGUUUUAAGCAGGCAGACGGCUUGUUGAUGGCUCUUAAAACGAUGCUUGAAAGAAAAUUCAGUGGAAAUAUGCCAAAGAAAAAGCCUUGGGAAACUUCGUUACGAUUACAUGGCAGAACCGGGAGACAAGCAAUAGUUCAGAAAAUGACAGAAUUACAAAAGAGUAUUGAUGGAUGGGAGGGAAAAGAUAUCUGGCAAAGUUGUAGUGAAUUCAUUUUAGAUGGUGUAUUGAACAAGUUCUCUACAAGAUCAAAAACAACAGAAAGAUAUGUGUUCUUAUUUGACGGACUAAUUGUUCUGUGUAAACAAAAUAUACGAAGAUCAUCUGUCACAGGAGUACAACCAGAGUUUCGAUUGAAAGAAAAAUUCCAGAUCAGGAAAAUGGAAGUUGUUGAUCGAGAAGAUUCAGAUGAUUGCAAGCAUGGAUUUGAACUUCAGGCAAGAGAUAGUCCCAGUCACUGUGUUCUUCUUAUGGCUAAAACUGCUGAGGAAAAAAGUAAUUGGAUGGCAGCUUUGAUAUCUUUACAAACUAGAAGUAUGUUGGAGAGACGAUUAGACAGUAUUUUGAGAGAAGAGGACCUUAUGCAGCCCUUACAACUGCCACCUCCUCAAAUCUACAGAUUUGGUGAAAAAGAUUCAGAAUCCAACAUUGUGAUGGAAGAUAAAGUAAAAAGACAUAAUCCAACAGAAAGUCCAUUAAUCAAAGGUGGAACACUGCUGAAACUGAUAGAACGGUUGACAUACCAUAUGUAUGCUGAACCCAAGUUUGUUCGGACAUUCCUAACUACAUACAGAUCAUUCUGUUCCCCUCAUGAACUCCUAGAUCUUCUUGUUGAAAGGUUUACUAUUCCUGAAAGCCAUAUUAAUCAAACUGAGUCCAAAGAUAAUGAAGAUGUGAAGAUUCAGAGUAGAAACGACAUGUUAAAAAGAUUCCGAAAAGAAUAUGUUAAACCUGUUCAAUUCAGAGUUGUAAAUGUAUUACGACAUUGGGUUGAUCACCAUUACUAUGACUUUGAGCGUGAUAUUACGUUAAUUCAUAAACUGAAGGAGUUUCUUGAUAAUGUGAAGGGAAAAGCAAUGAAAAAGAUGGCAGAAUCAAUAAUUAAAGUCAUUCACAGACGUUUUGAGAGUAUGAGUACAGAAAGGGAGUUAACUCUCCAAAAGCAACCACCUCCAGUGGAAUGGCAUAUAACUAAAAAGAGAGAAGAGUUUCAUUUAAUGACGCUUCAUCCGAUAGAAAUAGCUCGACAGAUUACAUUGUUAGAGUUUGAUUUGUACAGAGCUGUUCAGCCGUCAGAAUUGGUAGGCUGUGCCUGGAUGAAACAAACCAAACAUAAAAAUGCUCCUAAUCUUCUAAAAAUGAUCAGCUUUACAAAUAAUUUUACGUUUUCUUUGGAGAAGUGUAUUAUUGAAUCAGAAAAUUUAGAAGAAAGAGUUGCUGUUGUACAUAGAAUUAUAGAAAUUUUGUUAAUAUUUCAAGAACUGAACAAUUUUAAUGGUGUUCUAGAAGUGGUUAGUGCAAUAAAUUCUGCUCCAGUUUACAGACUGGAGAAAACUUUUGAGGCAGUUCCUAAUAGGUUGAUGAAUGCUUUUGAAGAAGCUAGACAACUGAAUUCGGAUCAUGGCAAAAAGUACAUGGAAAAAUUAAGAUCCAUAAAUCCUCCUUGUGUUCCCUUCCUUGGUAUGUAUCUGACAAAUAUUUUGAAGAUUGAGGAAGGAAAUUUAGAUUUUUUACCCAAUCGUCCUCCUGGGUUAAUCAAUUUCAGUAAGCGACGGAAAGUGGCUGAAAUCACUGGAGAAAUUCAACAGUAUCAAAAUCAACCAUACUGUUUGAGUAUUCAGCCAGAAAUUCGGGAAUAUUUUGAAAGUUUAAAUCCUCGUGAGGAAUUGUCAGAAAAGGAGUUUAAUGAUUACCUAUAUGAGAAAUCAUUAGAUAUAGAACCAAGAAACUGUACAAGGCCUCCAAAAUUUGCAAGAAAAACAGAAUUUCCAUUGAAGUCACCAGGAAUCAGACCCAUUACAGCAAAACAUUUAACACAGAAACAUGCAUCAUUUCCAUUCAACGCAACAUUUGGUUCAAUGAGAGAAGAUGCAGCUGAUAUAGAAGCAUCCUCUCCUCAUAACACAACACCAUCAACCCCUACCACACCUCUGUCACCGCCACACAAUGGAGACAAUGUGUUCUUACCAGUCACAAUCGGCCAAGGCAUAGACCACAGUACAAAUCCAUCACAAAAUAAUGAAUUUCCAGAAAAUGAAUUACCAAUGGAUGGACUUAUACAACCCCCACCAUUACCGCCAAGGAGGAAAAAUCGUGAUGGUGAAGACGGUUCACCAAGAAUUGACAAUGCUCCAGAAAUCCCUCCUAGGGGUCUGCCGCCUCCCGUUCCCCCUCGCAAAGACUCAAUGUUCGGCUCACUUACACGCUGUCAAAGUGUUUCACAACAGCAGCCAACGAGGCAUUUAUCUGGUCAUUUUCAAAACUUAAAUGCAACAUUACCACGGUGUAGUGCCAUGGAAAGGGACAGACCAACAAUACCAAUAAACUUUAAUGGGGAAGAAGAUAUUACAUUGACAACUACUCCUAAACUGCCGCCAAAGACUUAUAAACACAUUAGACAACAGAGUAGCUAGAAUAUGUUGUUGUUUCAUUUCAAAAUCUACAGAGAGCCUGGAAUGAAGUUUCUAUCAUGGAUUAAAGUGAUUGGAUAAUAAUUUACCAAAGAAUGGUGUCUGUUUGAUAUGGGAUAUUCUCUGGCAGAAUAUAAAAAACAGCUGUGCUGCUAAUUUCUUUGCUUAAAAAAGACGUGUCAUCGUAUCGAUACAAAUCAUUGUGAUGUAUUCCAGUGUUUUGACCCAAAUACAUUUAGCUAGUGCUACCUGAGGCUAGUAAAUUUGAUAAUCAGACGUUGCUUAUUAUAGCAACAAAAGAAAUGCAAUAUACACUUGUGUGCGUGUGUGAGUGAUGUUGAUUACGACGAUGAUGAAGGACAUUUCAGGGAUGGGAAAUAUAGAAAAUAUGUUAUACACAGGUGAAACUUUUUAUGGCAAAACAUUUGUAGAUAAAAAAUGAGUGAUGGAAAGGAAGGGUUGUACUAUGUCACUUUGCACUGUUAGACAAUGAUAUCUUUUCUUCAGUUCCUUUGUGUAUUGUUAAUUUACUAUUACAGAAGGCAAACAUUUACAGUUAAAAUAAAUCAUGUGUGAACUGAUUUUUUGCAACUCAAUAAUUUUCAUUUGUAGUCAAAAGCUAUUUAGGUAUUGAGAUUUAUAUUGUAUGGUGAAUGGCUAGAUUUGUGUGGGUUUGCCUUAGAUUUAUAUGUUCUCUACAACUUGAACAAAUUAUAUACUAGUUGCUCUUGAUGAAAUUUAAAAGAGAAUUGUCCAUUAACACAUGGUUGCUUUCUGGAUAGAGCUAAAACUACAAGAUAACCAAUUUUAUUCAAUGAUCAAGUCUAUUUAGAUUUUUAUAAAACUUUUUGAGAGAAUGUUUAGUUUUACCCCAAAAAAAGGUUAUUUGUGACACUAAAGUAAAUUAGGUGAAUCUUGGGUAAAAUCUAAGGUACAUGUAGUUGUAUGAAUCAAGAAUUCAACUAACAGUAUUGCUUUCAAUAUCAAGCAAUUGAUUAAAUAGUUAUAUAUAUCAGAUUUAACUGAAGAGUUGCAAGAAAAUUUAUUGACAGUUGAAUGGUUUUCGCUGUAAAUUUGUAUUUUGUUAUGUUAAUAAAAGGAUCUCAGUCUGAAUAUGUAUGUGCCAGUCGAAUCAAGAACAGUAAUGUAUUAAAUGAAUUGUAAAUCAGAAUGUUAAAAUUUGGUAAAAAAAAGAAUGCCUUCUGCAAUAAGCAAUAGUUUUGUUAUUUUGAUUGUUGUCAAUUUUGUGUUAGAAUGUACAAGAGAUGCAACAAUGUAGAAAUUUGUUUUUUGAAUUGAAGAAAAGAUAUCAUUGUCAUAUUACUCUGGAAAUAUGGCAUUAUGGGUAAUUGUUUUACUUUUAAAAUCAAGUUGUCACAAUGUCUUCCAUUUCGUUCAUCAGUUAACACACUUCUGUUAACCAAAUACCAGCAUAUAGAUAAAGAUAAAAUAUGAUCUUUACCUAUUAUAUCAUUUCAUUUGAUCAUUUUUUUUCUUCAGUUUCAGUCUUGAAGAUUUUCAUUUCCUGUUUAUAAAUGUUCCGCGAAGUAAGGAAUUUAAAGAUUGUUUGUAAAUAUAUUAAAGCUAAUUUCCUGAUGCAUGUAGAUCAAGACUUUGGUUAGCUUGCUUGCUUUGUUUGUAUAUUACUUGUACAAUUGUAAUUGAGAUAACGUCCAAUAAAAUUUAAAUAUGAUAUAUACAGGUUAAAAUAUGCCUAUAUAUAUUGUUUGAAGAUGUCAAUGUAAAUUACAAAGCUUGAAUUGAAGUUUACACAAACAUAGAAAUCAAGCCUACCAAAGUUUUGCUCUACAAGCAUUAGGAAAUUAGCUGUAAAGUUUUAUUGUACAAUGCCAUAUUUCCACAGUGUUGAACCAGCUUGUCCACGUCAAGAAAUGGCCAAAGAUUAUUGCCAAAGAUUUUUAUUCUGUAGCAGAAAAAUGUGAUAGAUAUGAUUUUAAAGUGCUUUUAACUCUUUGUUGUUUAUUUUAUUGAUCAGAAUCUGUCUGGCAUAGAUAUUGUUUACUGCUAAACUGCUGGUGAUGUCACUGUUUCCAUGGUUACCAUAUUAUUUUUUUUGAUUUUUUUUGCUUUCAGUUUAUAUUUUAAAUAAUGCAACAAGAUUGAAAACUAUUUUGCUACCAACGACAUUAACUUUCAUCUACAAUUAGAUUAAACUGAUUUCAUAUUUAAGGUUCUGAAUAUUUUUUUAUAAGCAAAGACAUUUUUCAUGAACAAAGAAAGUCAGGGAGAAUGAUCGCUGUGACCUAUAUUUCAUAUGUCCUAAGUUUAAUAACCAUAUGUCUGUUCUACAGCUUACUGAAUUAAUUGGGUCUAUAGGGCACAGCAUUACAUGGUUUCUUCUUAUAUUGAUAGAUAUGUAGGUUAACAUUGAAGGACAAUUAGGUCAGCAUUUCUUAAUUUUAGGCUUUAAAAAUACCUCUUCUUAAAAACAGCACAAUACACAAAUAUGUCUGUCAACAAAAUAGUUUUAUGAACUUAAAUAUAGGCUCCAGGGGGAGAAAAUUAUCAGUCAAUCAUUACAUCAGAUCAGACUAGAACAAAAACUUUACACAGAAAAGAAAUAAAUAUUUUUCAUCUAAAUUAUAAGACAAUUUAAUUUUAGGCUUCAAACAACCAACUGAAAUUCAUUCUUCAUUCGUAAUCCUUUGAAGUCAAAUAACAUUAAAAAUUUUAUCAGAUAAACUUAAGUUUACCGCCAUUUGUAUCUACGUGUCAACAUUGUCUUCCAAUAUAAAAUCAAAUUACAUGAUACUACAAAGGAGCUAGUUCAGUUGCCAUGAGAACAAUACAAAAUAAAUUAUUUAACCACAACUUUAUAUUUGAUGAAUAUAAACUGGUUGGAAGUCGUUGGUAGCAUCAACCCCUUCCUGAAUAUGCACAAAAUAUUUGCCACUCAACAUUUUGCCAACAACAACAAUCAAUAUUAUCAACCCGGUUACAAAAAAUUUCUAACAGUUCUUCAUAAUACUCUUAGACAGUCUAUGUCAAAAUUUAGCUUUAUAAAUUAUUUAGUCUUUAAUAAAGUUUUAUAUUGAACACAAAAUUUGUGAAGCCAAAAAUAUUAUUUUGUAUUGAGAAAAGAAUUUUCGAUUUUUUUUUAUAGUUUCUUCAGACCUGUAGACAGGAAGAACAGUAAUUGUUUUGAUAUUUUGUAUGUUUAUUUAAGGUUGUAGACCUUAUUUCAGGGAGAUAACUCUUUAAAUAAGUGAUGCUUUUGUAAAAGUCAAGUUUCAUCAAUAUAUCUUAAGCAUUUAUCGGAAACAGAUUGGUAAUAAUCUAUGUAACGAAAAAGCUUAGAAUAUAUUGAUGAAAAUGGUUGACACAAACAUAUUGAUAACUUUAAGAGUUAUUUCCCUUAACUUAGGUCUACCUUCUUAAUUGUUAUUUUCAUAUUUCCUUUUACAUUUUUUGUAGGAGUUUAUUUUAUACAAUGAAAUUUUGUCAUAAUGAAAAACUGGUCAGUUGUUUUGAUGUGGACUCCUAGUACAGCUGGUUUUGAAAUAUAUUUGGUUUAGUGACAAGUCAUGUUAUAGAAAUAUGUACCAGACUUCAUCUUAAUCAUUCAAACAACAUCCCCAAGGAUUUAUUUUAUUUUUUCUUGAAUGUACUUUGAAAUGUGUCAGACAUUGCUAUUAUAACUGACAGAUCUUCUGUCUACAAUCACAAUUUUUUCCAAAUUACUGGGCAAAUUAUAAUGUUUGAUUAUCUCCCUUGUAAAACAGGGUAACAUUUUCACCCAAGAUGCAAACUUUUGAUUUUCAUAGUCAUGUUUGAUUAACAGAUGAUAAACCUUGAAAUGAUAACUCAUAGAAGAUUUAAGUAUCUUGAUAUAGCUAGCAUAAUGUAUUUUAUGACCAAAGAAUUUUUCGUCACUGUUUAUGUGCAUCUGCAGUCCUUUAUAAACUAUCAUAUAUAUACAUCAUAGGUAAUUUUGAAGGGGAAAAGGUUUGCUGUCCUUUUCAGCUGCAUUAUUCUGACAUUUCAACUAUUUUGUCCACAUUUUCUGAAAGACAUCUUUUCAUUUUUACUCACAACAUUUCUCAUUGCUUAUUAACCAAAGUACAUAGGUGCCCGUCUAUUAAGGACGGUAUUCCAUUUCAGUAAUAAAUAUUAUAAGACGUAGUCUGGUACAUGAUUUUGUGUGAUACAUUUAUCCAGUGCAAUGCCACAGUAAUGUCAGCAGUGGUUUUUUUAUGUUUUGAAGACUGCCUUAUGUGAUUGUUUCAUAUCAAUAAAAGUUCUUCACAACAU